UUGUAGUGUUUUAUAGUGUUGUAAUAUAUUUGUGUGUGUUGAUAUCUUCUCCAUGUCUCUCAGAAAGGAAACUCUUUCCGCUCAGCAACUUCACGUUGCUGCGAUUAGGGGAAAUCUCAAUCUUCUUAAUAAAGUUUUGGACAGUGGAAAAGUGUAUGUAGAUUGUAAGGAUGAGGACGGAACUACAGCCUUAAUUUUGGCAUGUGCCAAUAACCAUUACGAGUGUGCUAAAGAGUUAUUGAGUCAAGGAGCUGAUCCAUCCGCUAGACGAUUGACUGGAACGACUGCUUUAUUUUUUGCUGCUCAAGCUGGAUAUCUGGAAAUUGUGGAAUUACUGUUAAAACACGGAGCAUCUGUAAAUGUAUCAAGUAUAGAUGGAGGAACGCCUCUAGCUGUUGCAUGUCAGUACAAUCAAUUUGACGUUGUACAGAAGUUAGUUAAACAUGGUGCAAACAUUCAUAUUCAAAUGAUCGAUAAAGCCACACCACUUUUUAUCGCCGCACAAAACGGUCAUGUAGAACUUGUCACUUAUCUUCUCUCUUUGGGAGCACAUGUCAAUGUCAGAAGAAAGGACAUGGCCACGCCACUCUGGAUAGCAUGCCAAAUGGGUCAUACUGAAGUAGUUAAGAAACUCCUCGCUGAAGGUGCAAUUGUAGAUGCGGCUAGAGAAGAUGGAGCUACACCACUUUUUAAAGCUGCCCACAAAGGCUAUGCGGAUAUUGUUGCAAUUUUGAUAAAGCAUGGAGCUUCUAUAGAUAUUUUAAAGAAUGGUGAAAGUGCAUUGCACGCGGCAACUCUUUUAAAUCAAUUGUUAGUUGUGAAAGUAUUAAUCCUUGCUGGUGCAGAUCCUGAAUUAAAAAAUAAAGCAGGUUAUACGUGUCUUCAGUUGGCUAAGAGAUCUCAAAACAAGUACAUGAUUGUAUAUCUUCAGAAUGCAAUUGACAGAAAAACGAUGACUCAGAAACAGAAUGAAUAAUUAUGGAAGUAUUGAAAAUUUAUAAAAUGCAAUAAUUUAGUUUCUGCACAUUUGUAAAAAAUUAUGUUAAUUAUUUACAGCUAGAGAAAAUGUCAUUUGCAUAUUUAUGUUCUAUUAAAUAAGUAUGCAAUAGAUUCUUAUACACAGUUACUACUCAUUAUCACAAAAAAAAUUGUUUAAAAUAUUGCAAAUAGAUUUUUAAAAAUUAUGCAUUGUUAUAAUAAUAAUAAUAAUAAUAUAAAUAUAUAUUAUGCUGUUGCAACGUUAAUACUCUAGUUACAGUUUCGUAUUCGUUAAAUUUAUUGACAUUUUAAGUGAUUGAAUGUGCAGUGAUUAGUUAUCAGAAAGCGUUAAUUACGCAGUGUUUCGAGCGAUAAACUUGCAAGAUGGAGUGUAAAAAGCAGAAGAUGCAAAUUGAUUUUAAUACGAGAAAAAAGUGUUUUUUUUCAUUUCAAGUAAAAGGAAAAAAAUCCGAUUCUGUCAUUCCACUAGAAAUUGCUUAUAAAUGGUUACAGGAUUCCAUAAUGAUCGAGAAGUCUCUUAUUAUGCUGAAGUUGGUGACAAAAGACUGUACUGCUGAUGUUGAAGUGAAAGACCUUUGAAAACUGUUCAAAUUUGACAAUGAAAAUUAUUAUUUGAAAUUGUUUUCUGUCGUAGUUUAUCACAUACAUUUUUAAAUGUUUAAUAUAUUUCGUACUACAUUACUUACGUUUAGAGAAUUGUUAAUUGUCAAAAUUAAAAUGUAACAGAAAAACUAUUUUUGUCAUGA